AUGGCCACGUGGGAGGCAUAUUUAGAGGACGUACUUCGGCACAUGAAAAGAUCGAUCUCUGAAGAAGAGUUGGAAUUCCUGAUUGACGAAGAUUAUUAUCUUCCGGACCCCAAAUCGUUUCAAGAAUCUGAAGGGAUUGCUCCACCGGCGAUGAUACCGCUACCACUUGUGGAUAGCCGGAGAGCAGAUUCAAUUGAUUCACGUGUCAGUGGAAAGCAACAAGAGGUGUUAAGAACUAUCAAACCGAACGCGAAGGAAACGAGAAAAAAUCCGCCUAAUCUUCAAAAUGUAUGGUCUUUCGUUGUCCACGCGACCGUCGGAAAACGUCCGGUGCAUGCACAAAAUUCAACAAUGAAGCCCGGUUCAGCGGUCCACUUCAUCACCCAAGUGUUGGAUGAAGCCGAAAGAGUUGUACAUUUAGUGGAGAACUCUGGACAGCAGUGGAAAAUUGAACGAGAAGUGUGUUCCGUAUUACAACCUAUUGGUUCACACGUGGUGCGAAUCACACGGGGCCCGGUCCGAACUGAGUCACCUAUCGAACUUCCGUUUCAUCGCAGCCUGGUAACGGUGUAUCAUCGAGCAACAUUCAGCACAGAAGGUCAGAUUGAGGGGCAGGAACUCAAACAAACACGACACCUAUUGUGUGUUGUAGGCAACGGAGAGGAUGGAUCGUGUCCGGAUAAGAAUCUGAUACGACGUGUGCAGUUUCACCUGGUUGCCGGGAGAACACUGUUGAAUGGUAGGGAAGAUGAGGUGAGGAGAUCGGUGAAAAAGGCUAUGCAGUCCAUGCAUUCGGAAUUGAUAGUUUGUGGGAUAGAACUUUCCCCCAAAAAUGCAAAUGUUAUGAUACAGUUCGAUAUAUUCGCGAGUAGCGUAAAGAUACUGAAACGGGUCACUGAUAAACUGAGAAAAGCCGUUUACAACGGUGAAUUUCAAUUGCUUAUCGGAAAGGAUCCAUUCAAAGUUGUGGCAAAAACGCUGAAGGUGUUGUCGGGGAUCGCUAAAACCAAACAGAAGAAAAUCAAAUCGAAGACCAGCACCAAAGGGGCGCAACCGAAACCACCUCGAGCAGGAGCAGGAGCGGCAGCAGAUCGUGGAAAACGUUCUAUGCAGCCGCAUAACUCACCAAAAUCAUCUGCUGAACUGAAAAACAAGGAAAAGCAACAGCAAAUGUCUGAGUCGGUCAAACACAAUGGAGUAGUUGGUGUCAAGGCGCACGAUAUUCGGUAG